UAUUCCACUCAUCAACGUCCAAUGUCGGUGCGAGCCAAAUUCGAUGUCAGCAGGUUCCUCGAAAAGUUAUUCGUCGGCAUUACCGAGGGAAAACUCGCAGAGCACGUCCCUGCAGAUGAUGUCAUUCGUCUACUGAACGAGGUCAGAAGAUGCUUCAUCUUGCAGCCUAUGCUUCUUAAACUCGGCACGCCAGUCAACAUUUGCGGGGACCUUCACGGGCAAUUCAAUGACUUGAUGCGGAUUAUGGAUUCAGAGGGAUUUCCACACUGUCGCAGCUAUCUCUUCCUAGGAGAUUAUGUGGAUCGAGGGGCACAAUCAAUGGAGCUGAUCUUGUUCAUGUUUGCAUGCAAGGCCUGUUUUUUGAAUACCUUUUUAAUAAUACGGUAUCUAACCAAUGUUUAUUUUAAGGUGCGCUACCCGAAAAAUUUCUACAUGCUUCGCGGAAAUCACGAGACUUCCUCAAUCAACAAAUCCUACGGCUUCUAUAAAAACGUCUUGGAUCUCUAUAGAAAUGAUCAGCUCUACGAUGCUUUCAACAAAGUCUUCGACUGCAUGCCUUUGGCUGCUCUCAUCUCUGGAAGGAUCCUUUGUAUGCACGGCGGUCUGAGCCCUCCUAUGCUUGAGGCAAAAAAUCUCAGAGUCAUUGACGCUAUCGAACGGCCAUUACCUGAUUCACUAAUCAAUCCUGCCAACAAUCAAAUGGCCGUCGAUCUGCUGUGGGCUGACCCAGAUGUGAACGUUCCACUAUUUGCUGCUAAUCGUCGUGGCGUUGGACACAUUUUUGGGCAAGAAGUAAUUGACAGAAUUCGAACGCGCUUCGGGGUUGACCUGAUAAUUAGAGCACAUCAGGUUGUGCUAGAUGGUCACGAGUUCUUCAACGGAACCCCAGAUUCAGGACUGAUAACGCUCUUUUCGGCGCCACAUUACUGUGGGAUGUAUGACAAUUCGGGAGCGAUCGUUCGUGUGGCUGUUGAUCUUGGUGUCUCGUUCAAACGCUUCGAACCGGCAUUCAAAAGCUCUCCAUCAAGAGGCUGA